UUAUCUUCUCCGUCAGGUCUCUCCUGGAAGGCUCCGACACCAUCUCCAUCGACACGGCCAUGGUGUCCUCACAGGAAUUCGGCUGCCUGCUGGACAUGGUCUACACUGGCAAGCUGCCUCUGGGCAAACACAACGUGAGCCGCAUCGUGGCGGCCGCUGACAGCUUGCAGAUGUUCGACGUGGCUGUCGGCUUCAAAAACAUCCUCACUAGUCUGGUAAACCAGCAAACUCCGGUCCAUUCUACACACACCCCCAGUCUCCCGGUGAUAAACCAAGUCCAGAGCAUGAAUACUGAUGGUUCUGCUUCACCCAGCAAGGAGGACACGACUUCAGACAAGACGGAGAGAGAGAGUGAGAGUGAAGCUGCAGAGGAGCCGGCGUGUAAAAGAAGCUGUGUGCAGAACUCAG